CAGGUUGUGUCGGGACUCCUGAUGACGUUUUGAGACAUUAUAUACAACUACAGCACCAGAAUUGUGCUGCUAAUGCAGAGAGUCCCGGCCGCCAAGAUGACGGCGCUGCUUUGUGGCGUGCUUCCGGUGAUCUUGAUGGCGCCCGUGUUCAUCCGAGGAAGCGUGGGCCGCUGCGCCGCCAACUGCAGCGACUUGUACAGGGGUCCGCUGAUGCUUCCUGUCGCCGCUCGGCAGCCGGUCAGAGCCUGCCUCGUGCUGCGCGUCUACUCCGGCGCCAUCUUCCUCGCCGCGUUCUUCCUUACGUUGGUUGGCAUGAUGAUGAUCAUGGGAAAAGCUCGUGAUGUCAUAUGGUUACCUUGGCAACCAGCAGCGGGCCUCCUUCCGUUCGCUGGACUUUCGGAUGCUGGCGUUCCCGCUCAUCUUCGCCCUCUGCUGGGGACCCGCGGCGUGUCUGGUGAUGAUGUCAUCGAGGAACGCGAGCUCGGCCGCUGCGGUCGUCUACGUCAUUCAGCGUGCUGCUGGCGGGGGAGGGGCCGGCUGGCGUGGCGGGACGCCGACACUCAGACGCCGUUGCUGCGAGCGCAGAAGAGAAACUACCGCACCUGGCUGUGA